AGUCUGGAAGAUUUCCAGGCGCAUCGAGCGCCCAUUGAUCAGAUGAACCUGCUGGGCUGCGAGUCGCAUCCCGAUAUCAGUCCCACCGAUGACCGCUACACUCUCAAGCUCUUUGUGCCCAUGUCUCGCGUGGCCCUGCCCCUGAGCACUGCUCUCACCGCCAACGAU